AUGGAUUUCAUCAGGAACUUUGCUGGCGGAAAGCCAUCGCAGGCUCCCGUCGUGGCCGAUGACGCCGACUUUGCAGACUUUGCAGCCGCACCUGAACCGACACCGGCAUCCAUCCCCGUCUCCCCAGCCGAUGCGCAGGCGGCACUGCCAACUGGAGCCCAAGGCGCUCCUGUGGUCUACACGAAAUGGUACCGUGUGUGGGAGAGGACGCAGCUGUCGGAUUUCGUGAUGGAAGGGGUCUUGAUUCCGAUAAUGCUUCUGGUUCUGCUGAUUCAUUUUUGGGGCACUCGGCGUAACUCGAAGAAGGCAAAGAAGUGGAUGGCCGCACAUGCACCGGUUUUGGAGAGAGAAUUUGCCUUGGUCGGCUUCGGAUCAGUGCCCAAGAUGACCCCUUAUGCCGAAGGCGUCCAAGGGGAUAGUCUCUUGAGCGCGAGCGCGAAAUUGCCCGGCGACAACGUCACCGAGGACCUGCUCAAGGAGAAGGCGGCUUGGGAAUACCAGACCUACGCUACCGGACGACAGAACAUUGCAUUCCUGGACGCCACGAUCUUCUUGAAGCGAAGGAUGAACCCGAUGAUGAUGGUCGCGGAGGAAAUCGCCGGCAUGAUUGCCGAAUCUGUCAAGCCCAAACCAGAACGGAUGGAGGCUGUCAUUUACACCUUCGGCGGCAAAGAGAAGGAGUUUGUCCCACCCGCUGUGCCUGGGUCCGAAGAGGCAGGCAAGGCCAAAGCUGUGGGCAAUUCGAACUAUGACGCCUUUGUGUUUGCCAUUGUGAAUAAAAUGGCCAUGCGGAAGCUGCGCGACGAGCGCUACGAUCUGUCUCUCACCUUCACCAAGGACAAUCCCAAGCUCCCGAACUGGGUGACCGUUAUGAGCGAGACUGGCGAGGUCACAGACUUGAUGCUGACCAAGGAACUGAUUGAUGCCGUGGAAAAGGCCGGAGACCUCUUUGACUAUCUGAUCGUCACUGAUCAACCUACCGACAAGCCCACCACGCUCAACGAGACGACUCCCAGAAAGCGCCUGAACCUGUGCCUGAGACUUCCUGCCGAUGGUAAUUAUCUUCCCACAUUGCCGAUCUUCCAAGCAUUCUUGCGGCUGCCGGAUUUCUUGGUCGGCUCUGCCAAACUCCGACCGGAGGUGAUGCGCAAGAUCAACGCCAUUCGCGAGGAGGAGAAGACCAAGUUGAAGAAGAUCAGCGAUAAAGAGGCGGAAGAGGAGCGACUUCGAGCAGCUGACAAGAUCAAGAAGGAGGAGCGGGAUCGCAAGCUGAAGGGCAUGACUGCCGAAGAGCAGCGGAAGUUCCUGGACCGAGAGAACGAGAAGCAGAGAAAGAAGCAGGAGAAGAAGAUGACGCGGAGAGGAUGA